AUGGCCCCCGAGUCUUGCCCAGAGGCUGGAGAGGCCGAGGAAGAGGCUCUCCCAUCUCCGGUGGGUGGAGAGGCCGUCAGCAGCCCCCUGGAGCCUCCAGAGGACACACCCGCAGACCUGGUCGCUCCCGCCGGCCUGAAGGACACCAAGUCCAGCUCCACACAAGCGGCCUCCCUGGGGUGCCGGCUUUGCAGACUGGCCCCCGAGUCCCUGGAUCCCCACACACUGCGGCUGCUGUGGAGGCAGCGGGAACUGGAGAUCCAGGCCCUGCGGUCCCUCCGUGACCAGCGGAACCAGCAGGAUGCCCGGCGCUCCCGCGUCCUGCGCGAGGUGGCCAGGCUUCCACUGCAGAGGAGCUAUCACAAUCAGGAAAAGCCCCUGCAGAUCCAGGUCCAGAAGCUGGCUCUGGAGUUAAAACAGCAAAAGGAACAGGCCCAGCUGGAGAAAAAGAAGCUGGAGGAGAAGCUGGAGCAGACCAAGACCGUGGUGCAGCAGCUGGAGGCCCAGCUGGAGGCCUUGCACAAGUCCUGCCUCGUGAAGCUGGCCAGCUCCUCCUGGGUGGGCCGCAUGCUGAGGUCAUCCACCGGCAGCGUGGAGGUGGUGACUGCGGAGACCCUGCUGGACCUCAGUGACCCCUCUGAAAAUGAUGAGGCCUCCCCUGCUCAGGAGGGUUUCCGGCUGGAGGAUGUGGACUGGAACGCCAUCGCCCAUCGAUUCCCCAACCUCUUGGCCAACAUGCAGUCGAGCUCGGAUUUCAAGCGCAACUCCCGCAGGCAGACCCUGCAGCUCCCAUCCGGCUCACCACCUGAAGAAAGUAGCUCCAGGCUGGACAAACCUGAAGAAAGUGGCUCCGGGUUGAGCAAACUGCCCAAGGAGUCUUUUCGCAAGAGUGUGGAGUGGAGCUCCCUGCCCCUCGUGGGCACCAGCAGCUCGGGGAGCUCUGAAUCUGACGCUCGCCGCGGCAUGCAGAAGGUGACAGGGCACCCGCCCCUGGCGCCAGGCCACAUUUCUCGCGAGCAGGUAGAGUCUCGGCACCACAGUUCCAUCCGGACCUCUCAGGACUCCCGUGCCAGGAGCUCCAUCAGGGGGUCGCAGGACUCUCGUGCCAGGAGCUCCAUCAGGGGGUCGCAGGACUCCCGUGCCAGGAGCUCCAUCAGGGCGUCGCAGGACUCGCGGCCUGGCAGCUUCCUCCGGAGUUCCAUCAGGGACUGGAAGGCCGAGUCUAAAGACCGGCUGGGCCCGGUGCGCAAGGCCCGCGUCGUGUCCGACCACUGGCAGCUGUCUCACCCCUGGAGCCGGAAGGGCUCCUGCGUGAAGAUCGCGGCCGUGAACCUUCGCGAGCGGUUCAUCUGCGUCCUCAACCAGUCGGUGGAGGAGACGGUCGACCUGGGCGGCUUCACGCUGCAGCAGCUGGAGCACGACUUCCCCGUGUACCUGUACCGCUUCCCGCCGCGCACGCUGCUGGCGCCGCAGCACCACGUCACGGUCUGGGGCAAGGGGUCCGGCAGCGCCAAGAAGCCGAUGCCCUCGUCCGUGGGCUGGGGACCCCGCCACGUCCGCUCCCGCCGCAGCUUGGUGACUCUGCUCCUGAGCCCCAAUGGCGAGCUCCUCAGUGAGCACCAGGCUCCGCACAGCGUGACGCCCGCCACGAGCACCCUCGACGACCACACCAACUUGUCCAUCGACCGCUUCCCGCUCCCGGAGGCCCAGCCUGGGGACGGCACUCCCGAGCAGGGGCGCCCGCCCCGAACCCCGCGCAACCGUCGGGCGCCCAAGGCCCGGGCCCGGAGCCGCCGGAGGCCGAGGACCCGGGCCCCGCUGCCGCGCCUGACCCCCAGCAAGCUCCUCGGCCCCGGGGAGGUGCCGGCGCCGCCCGAGCGCGCAGAGACCGACGCGCGGGAGCCUCUGCCCGCCAUCCCCCGUGAGCGUGCGGCAGAGGACGGGCCGGACCUCGCAGACUGUCAGGAAGGGAAGGAGCACAAGGAGCACAGGGUCCGGGUGUGCCGGAAGACCGUCGACCGGGACUGCCCGAUCGUGGCACUGUCGGUGCAGAGCAUGGCCGAGAAAAGAUUCGGUUUCCGCCUCCUUAGCUGCCCGCCCAUUCCCGUCAACGUGUAUCGCCCGGUGUAGAGCCGGGCUCGGGCGGCCUC